GUCAGAUUUGAAAAAUCGUGUUUAACGGAAGUUUACCACAUUAAUCGACGAAAUACAUCUUGGUUGUGUAUUUCCAUUAUCACCUUUUAGAUGGAAACAGGACGAUGGUACUAUUUUUCCUGUUCAUCUUCAAUGUGUUGGUUGCUACGUAUAUACCUAAGGUGGACUGUGUAAACGUAGAUGAUAUAAGAGGACUCUUCCCGAUAAUUGAUAGCAGCAUUGCCCGUAGAAUAAUGCAACUAAUGCGAGGGGAAUUACAGUUAGAGCGAAGCGGGUCCUCUUUAGUCAAUGUACUUCCUUCAGCUUUUGAAUCGAGAACAUGUGGGCCAGCAAGUGACCCUGCAUCGAUGAAUGUUGAUCUCUGUGUUAUCAUACAAACAACAUGCCAUAUAACAGAUGGAGAACUGGAAGCUGCAAGAAAUAUAAUUGUCCAAACUGCCGAGAGAUUCGGGACUGAUGUCUCCUUAAGCAUAGUGGGGUAUAGCGAUAAACCCAAGGUUCUUGUAGAAUUCCAAGAAAAUGGUGGAAUCCUUUUGGAGCGUAUGAGAAAAAUGAGAUUACGUAGGAGAAUCCAACGUUGUCGUGAUUGUGAAGCUGCUACGGGCGAUGCCCUGAGAACUUGUCGAGAGAUACUGAUACAUCAGGGAAGAGACAAUAGAUACUUCCCUGAUGCAAUCAUGAUCUUCACUGAUGGAGUCUCUAUGAAGAGCAAGUUUACCAUGAAUGAAGACAGAGCUGAAACCAUUGUAGAAGCUCUGCUAAAUAAGAGAGAGGGUAUCAUCACGAUUGUGUCAACAUUUAACAAUUCAGCCGGGCGCCACUCAGGAUUUGAUGAAUGGCAUGCCCUGAAUUCACCAAGUAACAUGGAUGGGGUAACACAACUCGAUCCGUUCCCAGCGACCGACCCAAACGCACAUGUAUAUACACGGUCUUUGGUGUUUAAUGACGAACCGAGCUUCUCCCUUGACGAGACAUUGACUGCAAUGCAUGUUAGGUCUUUCAAAAAGCAAAUAUAUACAGCUAUUCCGGGAUGUUCCGAUCCUUGCAACCAGUUUGCUGAUAUAGUCAUCAUUAUCGACAGGUCAGAAAGCAUUGCUGUGUCCGAUUUACAGAUCGUCUUGGAUUUCUUCAUAUUUUUGCUCGGGGAGUCUUUAAUCGAACCUGACACGGGAUUACAAUUUGCUAUAUAUUCAUACAAUGGUGAGAUAUAUAAACAUUCGACAGUAGGUCAGUAUACAACUAAAGAAGAACUGAUACGUGUAGUGAAGAGCAUACCGUUAGAGACUGCGAAGUACACGGAUACAGGAAUUGCAAUUAACCAGGCAAUGACAGAUUUGUUGGUAAAUGGUAGAGAGGAGUCAAGGAAGACGAUUAUUAUCGCCACUGAUGGUCGAGCCUGGAGACCCCGUGCUAAAAGAGCUGACUCUACGUUAGCCAUAAGAGCUGCAAAGAUAGCUGCGGCUCGUGAGGUAGAGAUAUAUAUUAUAGGACUUCCCAGUAGAUACGGGCAUAUGGAUGGAAUGACUGAAUGGAGUCAAUUAGCGAGUGAGCCAAUAGAAUGCACCAUCGUCAACAUGCAAAGGCCAAAUGCUACUUUCGAUGAUCUUUAUCUUGCUGGCAUUAUGUUGACAAAUGAACUAUGUAAAAAGGGAGCUGACUCCAGUGUAUGUACAUUCCAAAAUAACGACUUUGACUAAAAGGCGACAGCUAGUCUCAUGCAAAGUUGUGAAGGUGUUUUUGAAAAGCAACGAUAGUGGGCAAGAUUUUGAGAUAUUUAUCAUCUACCGGUGUUAUGUAAAAU